ACCCUUUUUGGCGAUUCCGUGUUUAAUGGCGCAAGCAACUCAUCCAAAAGCCGCAAAGGUUAUUCAGAAUGAUUUUUAUGUUGACGAUUUGUUGACUGGCGCCGGAUGCGUUGAGGACCUGCAAAGCCUUCGAGACGAAGUUUCUCAGGUCUUGCAAGAGGCAGGCUUUGAAUUGGCAAAGUGGUUUUCAAACUGCCCAGAGUUAUCCGCAUCUGAUUCCGCUGUAAUGCCACUUAUGGCAGACUCAGACGUAACCAAGACCCUUGGCGUGGUUUGGUUACCGGUUAAAGAUUACUUUCAAUUUCGGUUGGAUGACUCUUUCCUGGAUCUUCGCGCGACAAAACGAAAUAUUUUGUCGGUGACUGCUCGACUUUUCGACCCACUUGGCCUCUUGUGUCCUUUGGUCACAAAGGCAAAGAUGUUGUUGCAGGAACUGUGGCUCCGAAAAUUAGAUUGGGACGAGUCGCUACCGAUGCAGUUGCUCACGUCGUGGGAGACGUUUAAAGCGACGCUUCUGCAGCUGCCUAAAAUUAAGGUAUCGCGAUUCGUCAACACAGAUCCACAAGUCCCGAUUCAAAUACAUGGUUUCGCUGACGCUUCCAUGCGAGCGUAUGGAGCGUGCAUCUACAUUCGGACUCAAACUGCUGAAGGUUUGAAAGUGUCUUUAUUGACCGCCAAAUCGAAAGUAGCUCCCCUCAAGACGAAAACUUUGCCUCGCCUUGAGCUGUGUGCAGCUCACCUUUUAGCAGAUCUCUAUAAUCGUGUCAGGCCAUUGCUAAAUUCUCCCAUUGAGAAUGUUUUCCUGUGGACAGACUCCGAGAUCACUUUACACUGGAUUAAAACCCAUCCCUCGUCGUUGUCGGUUUUUGUUUCGAACCGGGUUGCAGAAAUUCAGGAGUGGUCGGAGAAAGCAAUUUGGAGACACGUUCCCACGAAAGUCAACCCAGCAGAUAUAGUGUCCCGAGGAUGUGACGUAGAGGAGCUUACAACGUCCAUUUGGUUCGGUGGGCCUUCGUUCUUGCUAGACUCAGAAAAUAAUUGGCCUGUAAAUAAACAUUUCGAACUGCCGGCUGAUGUAAUGUCGAUGGAGCUACGCAAAUCGGCAAUAGCUCUCGUAGUCAGCCCAGAGCCAAAUUAUGUGCUUCAGAAAAUAGAGUCUUUUUCGUCGCACCUGAAGCUUCUGAGAGUUUUCGUGUGGGUUUUUCGUUUUAUUCAAAGGUGCAGAAAGGUGUCGAAGCCCUUUGAAAAAAGUAUUUCGCCAAGAGAACUGGAUUUCGCUUUUGAUAAAAUUGUCGAAGUUGUCCAAUUUCACGAGUUCAGGGACGACAUAAGUAAAAUUCGGAAGAAUAAACCGGUAGCAACGAAUAUUCAAAAGUUAAACCCUUUUCUUCAGGAAAAUAAAUCGGAUUGGUGCCACUCGACAUUGCUACGAGUUGGGGGUCGGUUAUUGAAUGCUCCUAUCCCGUACGAAGCCAAAUUCCCGUUGUUGCUGUCUAAAAGCUCACAGUUCGUCAGAUCCUAUGUGUCAUACCUGCACGUUACGAACUGUCACGCUGGCCCACGAGCUCUCGUAAGUCGUCUGCGCGAGAAAAUCUGGCUAGUUAAUGCUCAAGAAGUCUGCCGACGAACAGUUCGGUCGUGCAUGCGCUGCUUUCGCUGUAAACCGCAACUUUUGACGCAAAUUAUGGGAAACUUGCCAGCAGAUAGACUUCGAGCUCUCCGCCCGUUCAAUAUUUGUGGCGUUGAUUUUUGUGGUCCCUUCAGCACAACGUAUCGUAUCCGUGGUAAGCCACCGUACAAGUCGUACGUGGCCUUGUUCGUCUGUUUUGCGUCCAAAGCGGUCCACUUAGAAUUAGUGUCUGACCUAACCACUGAUGCGUUCUUGUUGGCAUUUCAAAGGUUCGUGAGUCGUCGCGGGAUUCCGGAAAAGGUGUGA